CCGAAUAAAUAAAUAAAAGAGAAAGGCUUUUGCCUAACUUUUUCCCUUUUUUAUCACAUAAGCAACCAUGGAUACGGAUGAUCAAGACCAUGUCUGUGCAUCUCAGUUAUCUCAUUUUGAGCACAGGGAUGAGUUUAUGCAAUGCCUAAAAGUUAUUAUUCAAGAGGAACCCAAUGUCAAGGAAGCAACACAAGCUUUGGAUCGGUUAACGACAAUUCUUGAUUACUAUCAGGAACAAUCCCAUUUGCUCGACCCUAGUUUAGAAAGCAUGAUUGAGCCUGUCAUGGCCCGACUGCGACAAGCUGUGGAUAAAGAUGUUAAGCCCGAAACUACGCUUAUUUUGUUUCGGUUCUUGUAUUUCUUGACAAAGACUCGUGGAUUUAAAACCAUCGUCAAGUUUAUGUCGCAUGAAGUGACGGAUUUGGAACCUGUGUUUGAGUUUCUAUCAGCCAUGGAUUCUUCAGCAACAGAGUUAUGGGAAGCAAGAUACAUUUGUUUUAUUUGGUUAUCUUUAAUUUGCAUGAUUCCUUUUGAUUUGAAAAAGGUCGAUAGUGGCAUCCAAUCCCAGGAUUCCUUGAUUGUCAAAAUGCUCAACCUUUGUAAAAGAUAUAUCUGCACCACAGGUAAAGAGCGUGACGGUGCAAGUCUUUUGAUUGCAAGAUUACUCUCCCGACAAGAUCUAUGUCAUGAACAUCUGGUCCCGUUUAUUGACUGGGCAAAGGAAAGAUUAAGCUCGGGUGCUGAUGUAUUUGAAACUACAGGUAUCCUUCAAAGUUUAUGUAUCACCUAUCAGUUAUCGCCUCGAUCUGUGCUUUUACCCACCUUGGAUGAAUCGAUUUUACCCUUGUUGACCAUGCCGUUCUUUGAAGAAUAUGCCAAUAAUGCAGUGGUCCGCAAAUUAAGAACUAAAUUGACACAACGUGUUGGGCUUUGUUACCUGAAGCCCAAAAUCGCUUCUUGGAGAUACCAACGUGGUAAUCGUUCAUUGAGGCAAAAUUUGGAAGGUGUCUCUACAGGUGGAUUAGUUUCUGCUCAACCCAUUGCUGUGGAUGAAGAAGAGGAAGAAGACAUUUCUGAAAACUUGGAAACCAUCAUUGAAAUUCUGCUAAACGGAUUAAGAGAUAAAGACACCAUCGUGCGCUGGUCUGCUGCAAAAGGUAUAGGUCGUAUAACGCAAAGACUUCCCCAGGAAUUAGGCGAGGAUGUAGUAGGCUCUUUACUUGAACUAUUUGAGGAAAACACUCUGACAGAUAAGUCGGGUCAUCUGGACCUUUCGGCGGUAUCGGAUCAUACCUGGCAUGGUGCUUCUCUUGCUGUGGCUGAACUAUCCCGAAGAGGAUUACUUUUACCCAACAGGUUAGAGGAAACAAUCCCUUGGAUCCUUCGAGGUUUAAAAUUUGAUUUGAAACGUGGAUCACAUUCAAUUGGCGCACACGUCAGAGAUGCAUGUUGUUAUGUUUGUUGGGCCUUUGCCAGAGCGUAUGCACCCAACAUUCUUGAACCGUUUGUUGCUGAAAUCGCACAAAAUCUGGUUGUUGUCUCUGUUUUUGACCGAGAAAUCAAUGUUCGUCGCGCAAGCAGUGCUGCGUUUCAAGAAAACGUGGGAAGACAAGGCAUCUUUCCUCAUGGUAUAGAAAUCAUUCAGAAUGCAGAUUACUUUUCUUUGGGAAAUAGAAAUAAUGCAUUUUUAUAUAUUUCCCUUGAUAUUGCAAAGUUCGAAGAAUACAGAUACCAUUUAAUUCAACAUUUGAUAUCCGUCACAGCUAAACAUUGGGAUAAGUCUAUGCGAGUACUUGCUUCCAAGGCAUUAUACAACUUAGUGGCCCUUAAUCCUCAAUAUUUCUUGGAUACAGCUCUGCCCUAUUUAGUACCUCAUGCUACUAGUAAAGAUAUGCAGGUAUCUCAUGGUGCCAUGCUAGCCAUUGCAGAAAUUGCAUUGGCGUUAUACCAUACUGGAAAGAAAGAUAUCCUAUCUGCUUACCACCAAGAUAUCGCAUCUUUGACAACCGUCGUGUCAAAUUUACCCGCUCGUUCGUUGACAACAUUUGGGUCAGAACAUGUUCGAGAGGGAGCGUGCCAUUUAAUUACAUGUCUAUCCACAACUGGAUUAAAUCCAGGCCAAUCCCUUGCAGACUGGAAACAGAUCAUACACACAUCUUUGGAACGUAAGGAAGAGAAUGUACAGGAAUAUGCAGUCUUGUCAUUUGGUGCUGUUGCCAAAAACUUUGGUAUAUCUUCAUCUGAAAUCGAUCAAGCUUUGGAAAAAAUUGAAGUUCGUAACCCCAUGUUGCAUGCCAGAAGAGGCUACACUCUUGCACUUGGUACAUUAGAUUAUAUGAAAUAUUCUUCUUCAUUACAUGCUGUGUUGACUCAGUUAUGCAAAGCUUCUCAAUUCCAAGUAGACCCACAGGAAAAUAGCGCGAAAACAAAAAGAAAUGCAGUGAUUGGCUUAACAAACAUCAUGCUCAAUUUGAAAGAUGAUUUAAAAACAGCGAUUCUCUAUCCCGACUUCCAGUUUGUGUUAGGCAGCUUAGAACUGUGUCUUACGGAUUAUAGUACAGAUCAAAGAGGAGAUGUAGGAUCUUGGGUUCGUAUAGCUACUAUGGAGUUGUUAAACUAUUUACUCCCUUGUAUCUCCCACUUGGAUUCUAUUCAAGACAGUGAUCCAUACUUGGCCAUAUCAAGUACGUCAAAUUUCAUUGCGGCCUUGUUGAAGCAGAGCGUGGAGAGAAUUGAUAAGGUGAGAUCCAGCGCCGGUAAGGUAUUGUGCGAUUUGGUCCUUUCCAGUGAUACAUUGGAAUUCCCUGGCCGUGAUUAUUUGAGACAGUACAUUACAAGGGAUCUAUCUUGGGCUGCGCCUUCUGAUUUGUAUCCUGUCAUGGUUCAUCUAUUAAAAAUUCCGGAAUACCGAUUUGAGCUUUUGACGGGCUUGAUUGCUAGUGCAGGUGGUCUUACUGAAUCAUUGGUGCGUCAUUCUAGUUCAUGUUUAACAGAAUAUAUGGAUAGUUUACCUAUUCACGAGCCAGCGGAUCCCUCAUUGGACGCAAUUUUUGCUACACUGCUCCAAAUAUUUACAAAGUAUGAACGUCAAGACCGCGUGACUAUACCGUUGUUGGAUGUGGUUGGUUUAUUGUAUGAAUCUGGAACACUAUCGAAAAUCACGAAUCAUUCAUUACACUUGAAACUGUUUACUGCUGUAAAGAAAGAAACAUUUAAAUGCAGAAAUAUUCGAAAACUCUUGUCUGCCAUUAAAGUAUUCAUUGGUUUAAUUUCGAUUCCUGAUUCACAAGUAAGAAUUAAAUCACUUCAACAAAUGCUAUCCUACCUUGUGCACGCUUUUCCUAGAGUCCGAGUCGAAGUUGCUGAUCAGCUUUUUACUCAGCUUUCGAUGUCCGAAGAAGCCGAAGAGGAUGAGGAUAUGAUGGAAGCCAUCGAGAUAAUUACUGGCACAGAUUGGACGGGCGCUUUAGAGGAUAUUAGGCAGGAUAGAGAUAAGCUAUAUUUACUAUUGAAAGUACCCAAGCCCGUGCUUGUCAAAAGAAAAUAAAUCGAGUGGCUUAUUUUCAUGCCACAUUAAAAAAAUAUUUUGAGGGUAAUUUUAAUUUUACUUUUUAUA